UUCCGGGGGUGGCUUCCUCCCUUUGUUUGCCAAAGUUCCUUCCUACCUGUUUUCACCUGGGACUCUGCCAUGGCCAGCGCCAAGGACAGAGCCGUCCUGCAGAGCAUCCUCCACCCCAACACCCCCUUCGACGAGGAGUCCGAGGACGAGGAGACCGAGGCCACCGAGGAAGCAGAAGGCGCCUUCGACGCUGACCUUCUGAAGCAGGCCACUGACCGGGAGGUCCAAGGCGUGGCUUGGGCAGAAGCUGGAGACCUGGAGGCGGCCUUGGAAGCCUUCAGAGAAGCCAUUCUGCUGCUCCCCGAACGAGCCUCCGCCUACAACAACCGGGCCCAGGCUCUGCGGCUCAAGGGCGACACCGAGGGUGCCCUGCGAGACCUGGACACGGCGCUGAGCCUGAGCCGAGGGAGGGGCCCGGUGGCGCGGCAGAGCUUCGUGCAGCGGGGCAUGAUCCGGCUCUUGCGCGGGCAGGAGGAGGCGGCGCGCGGCGACUUUGCGGAGGCGUCCCGCCUGGGGAGCCCCUUUGCCCGGCAGCAGCUGGUGCGCAUGAACCCCUACGCCGCCCUCUGUAACCAGAUGCUCUCCGAGGUCAUGAAGCAGCUGCAGGGGCCCCUCGGACCCCCAGGGGUGGAGGGGGGGGCCCCGGGGGGAGAAGGACCCCUCCCCAAUGGCACCUGCCUUGAAUAAACAGAGGUCU